AUGGUGGAAGCAUACACGGGCAUGACCACACUGACAAAGGAGAACCACGUAAAGUUGACCAAGCAAGUAACAGAUAUGGUAAAUGAACUAGCCAAGAAACUGCAAGAGCCGUCCACCCACUACUCGGCUGCGAGACAAGCUCCACGACCAUUGACUACCAGUCAAACCAGGAAGGGCUCCACCUCACACAGCCUGGAUACAACUUCUGAAGCCGCCACAACUCACAGAGGACGAAGCACCACCAAACAGACGGCACGACCUUUAAACUCCAGAACCCCGCUACCAUGGAACAAGGUAGCGGGGACCACUGCGAUGCCCACCAGAGUCGGGAGGAGAAAGGAUCAGGUGAUCAUCAACAGCCAACCGGCACUGCCAGAACCGACCACUUCCACCGAGAUAACCCUCGACAACAGCGACAAGAAAGCCUUAUGGGAGCCGAAACCGCCCCAGACGGUCGAAGUAACGGCUGUAACCCUGGACCGAGUGAAACCCCGGCAAAUGUAUCCAGCGAAAGAAUGGAGAGCCCUCCUGAAGAAACACGGUGUGCACCCGAUUGCCAUCUGGUUCCCGUGGAGGACCUCUGUGGAGAUACUAGUAAAGACCGAAGAACUGCCGAAACUAAAGGCGCUGGCAGCAGCUAUGAACCGAGACGCACAGACACUAGACCCGACCAGGAGAAAAGACGGCCAACCAGGACCCCUAUCGCAAGCCGCAGUUACCACAGCGAUCAACAUCAGAAUGGGAGACCUGAUGUUCGAGAGACACUGGACCGCGAGACACUACUUAGAACAGAUCAUCAGGAAACUGAUAGAUCAGCUGCCAGACGACCUGAACAAGACCAUGCUCUACCACAAAUUGAACUCCACGACUGCACCACCAACCACGGACACGGACAACCCCUUCCUACCAAACUAA